AUGAGAUUAACAGUGCAAAACAUGAAUUAAGAAGAUCAAAUCUUCUAAAUAGAGAUUGAAGAUGAUGGAACAAUUGAGGAUAUAAAGAUUCUUAUCUCAGUUGAAACUAAUCUAGCAGUAGAGGAAUAGUUUUUAAUUUUCAAUGGAAAGAUUGCAGCAAAUGAUCAGAUGAAGGCUAAGCAAUUCGGUUUAAACAAUGAUGAUAUGGUAAUGAUUACUUCUCAAUAAGCUUUAAUGGGAGCUGGAAUGGGUAUGGGCAUGGGAGCUCCAAAUAUGUUUGGAAGACCUCCACAAUAGCAAAUGAGAUAAUAGCAACAGCCAGCAACUUAAGCAAAUCCAAAUAUAGCUCCAAAUGAUGCUAAUUUGUUAAGCAAUUUCUUUCAAGAUCUCAGCAAACCAGUUAGAACUCAGAGAAAUCCUUUUAAUGCUAUGAAUGCACAAUUAGACAUGGUUAUCAGACAGAAAGCUCUUUAAACUAAAGAAUACUAUCUGAAUAAUCAGACUUAGCUGAACUACAUUUUACAUUAGGAUCCAGAAUUAGCUGGAGCAAUAGUUUCUGAGGAUGAUGAAAAGUUAUACCAAAUUAUUAAGUAGAGAUACUAGGACUAGAUGGAGAGAAAGAAAAAAGAAGCUGAGAGGAUUCACAGACUGAAUAAUGCAGAUGUGCUUGACAUUGAGGCUUAGAAAUAGAUUGAAGAGGAAAUCAGACAGCAAAUGGUCAAUGAAAACUAUGCGAUGGCUUAAGAGAACUAUCCAGAGUUCUUUGGGCAAAUCACUAUGCUCUACAUUAAAUGCAAAGUGAAUGGCCACGAAAUCCAAGCAUUUGUAGACAGCGGAGCUCAAUCCACUAUUAUUUCUAGACCACUUGCUGAAAAGCUAGGCUUGAUGAAGCUUAUUGAUACAAGAUUUGCAGGCACAGCUAUUGGUAUCGGCACUCAAAAGAUAUUAGGAAGAGUUCAUGCUGCUAAUAUGGAGAUCUAAGGUAAAGAGUUUGUCUGCUCCCUCGUAAUCCUUGAAGGCAACAAAGUCGACUUUUUAUUUGGUCUAGACAAUUUAAAAAGACAUUUGUGCAAUAUUGACUUAGUCCAGAAUAUGCUGCACAUGAGAAACGGAGAGAUAUCAGUGCCUUUCUUAUCCGAAGGAGAGAUUGAGAAGAAUGAUAUGGAAGAGGAGAAGUAGGCUCUGCUUGAAAAGUAGAAAUCUAUGGGCUCGAAGUUCAAUGAAAACGAUGUCAAAGAAUUGAUGGAAGUGAGCGGAAUGAGUAAAGCUUAAGUUGAAGAAGCCCUAGUAAUCAAUGAUGGCAAUAAGGAGCAUGCAGGAACUUAUCUGAUGAAUCAGAGUAUGGCCAGGAGAAGUCCUAAGCGUUAAUGA